UCACAUCAUCGUAAAAUUUAGGCAAGCGAUCAUGCGAUUCAAGGACUUUUCUAUUUAUACAAGCAUUUCAAUUUCACUAUGCGUGUACGGCAUGUUUAAAUGACUACCUCAUUCAAUAAUUUGGUGCAGAGCAAGCGAACUAAAAUGCUCACUUUGAGCCUUCUUCUAACAAUAGCCAUAUUAGUGCGACAGUCGACGAGCAUCAACCUGACUUAUAUAGUGAAAAAAGAAGGCGAAAAAUUGCAACCCAAUUGUAUCGCGGAAGAGAAUGACCGGUAUUCUGCGAUAGGCUGGAUCUAUCCUUUGCCUACCAAUGAAGAGGAGGAACCCAAAAUAACUACGAAGUUCGUGCCGACGAUUCAAAACGAGUUCAAUUGCAAGUUCUCAAAACAGAGUAAGUGUAAUAAGAUCUGGGCGCUGAAAAAUUGGGAGGUUGAUGAAAAUUCGACGAGGACGUUGGAUUUGUUGUUUGACACGAGGUGGGAAGAUUUCCCCACAGUUUUCACCGGAAACGACACAAAAGAAUUCGAAGCAAGAACCGAAAUUCCUAGCGUUUUUAAAGCAGGAAUUUCCGUGCGUGCCUCCGAAAAUGUCGAAUUAUUGUUAUGUGAGGGCUGGAACCCUUAUCACUACCCCUGCUAUCACUUAAAUAUCAGCACGACCGAAAUAAUUUUGCGCAAAUUCCCAACUCUACCUAAAAGCGUUUUCAACAGUACCCAAAAAUUUCUAGAUUCUUACGCAGCUUUUGCCAACAUUUUAUCCGGAGAUGAGUGGAGAAACUUCGGCGUGAGUCUUGAUGAUGCAGGCAUUUUCAGGCUGCUGGAUGUCAGCGUUAAUAGAACUGUUAUUGAAUACGAAGAUAAGGAAGCUUUAAAACCGCUGUAUUUGCUGAUGAGGAGCGAAGAACCCGCGUUGUGGAAAAUACACCAAAACCAGUUUAUGUACACAAAAACGGUCCAAACUUCCCGACUUGGUCCUAUCCUACACCUCAAGUCGAAGGAGAUGUGUGUGGCUCUAUACGUAUCCACCUGUCCUACUUGUAGCAUGAGUUUUUUCGUGGUAAAAGACCAAGCAAGAAAAUUUAUAAGUGAAGUGGAGCCCAGUGAAAAUUUCGAAUGGAAAUUAGUAAAACUAAAGGACGACCACAUCGAAAUCGACAAAGUAAACAUUUUCGUGGAAACAAAAUUCACCAAAAAUUUGAACCAAAGCGAAGGUUUCUGGGCUGUGGAUGAGGUUCGCGUGUGUCAUGAAAACGAGGUAAAAGUCACUUUCUUGAAACUGAAAGACGAUAAAGCCGAUUCCGCGGAAGAUAUUUCUUGCCAAAUCGUAGAACAUCCGAAGUGGCGCCCCAAAAAGCUGGUCUACGACAAAAUCCAAGAUUUUCCAUCAAUUCAAGAUUGGUCGAAUUCCACAGCAAUCAUGCUGAAUUGGACCCAAGAGGACGACAACAAUCAAAUAAACUACUUUAUUACUUAUAAGGCUAACGACCUUUGUCCCGAGGAUGAUCCAAACCUAAAACGAAUAAAAUCAAACGGAUUUUUAAUGACCAAACAUAACGAACUAACAAUACCUAAUUUGAUACCUUAUACCGAGUACAGUAUGACAUUUUCAAGUAUGCUACAUGAAAAUGAGAAACAAAUUACUGUUGCAACCAAGGCAUCAGAUAAACCAAUGCUAGAAGAAUUCCCCUCUAGACUCAAUAUUCAGGUGAAGGAGAAUCGAGCGUUUGUCUCCUGGGAUAAAAUCCCUUGCUCCUCCAUAUACGGACCUAUUGAAUACGCUAUCAACGUAACCAACUUCAAAACAAACGCUACUCAACAGUUUUUCCAGCGCGAAAACACCAUCCCAAUCAGGGAUUUAGAACCAUAUACUCUAUACACCCUCCAGAUUAAAACUGGCAGAAGCAUAAAAAAUAUUGACGAAAAAACGGAUGCUAUCACCAGCAGUUUCACGACUCAACCUGGAAGAGCAUCUGCUGUUCAAAAUUUUGAACUCUAUUCCGUCGAUAAGAACUCGGUUUCGUUUCGCUAUGAGUUACCUAGAAAUUCUAAAGGUAUCCCAGUGGCUGGUCAAGUGACUAGGUGUAACGAUAUUACUUUCAAAAAAUGUAAAACUGCCAAUUUUGAUAUUACGAGGUGUAAAUUGUGGCCGAAAAAAUAUUGCAUGGAUGUUAACAAUUUGAUUCCGAAUCAAAAGUACACCUUUAGGGUUAGUAUAAGGAAUGACGGCACGCAAUUCUAUGGAGAUGAGGUCAAGGCUGAGGCAUUCCUGGACGAACAAGUACCCGGUGCUCCUUCAAACAUUACUUACAAUAUGGUCGACUGUAAUAACACUCUCGACUACUGCCACUUAAACAUAAGUUGGUUGCACCCUUUCUAUCAAAACGGUACCAUCAACUCCUUCCACAUCGUCCUCAAUGGAACAGACGACGGUACCACCAAAAAUAUACAAGAAGUACUAAAAAUUUUCAACUCUUCUCAUUACUUGCCCCACUAUGAAUACCAAAUUAAAUUUAUACCCUACAGUACCCACUACGACCUCUACGUCCAAUCGGUCAACUCAAAGUACAAAAGUGAAUACGCCCACACCCAUGUCAAAACCGACGACAUAGGAGACCACAUUAACCAAAGCCCUGAGCUGUUACAAACCCAAACGACUUCAGUUACUUUCAAGCUUCCUGUAUUAGACCCUAGACUGAAAUCUUACACUCUUACAACAGUAGUGCAAGAUUUUGACAAGGAGAGAACGGUACCUUCCGACAUCCAAAACAAUAAUAAAGUCGCCGGUCACUUGUGUCACAAUUUCGGUGACACCUGGAUUUUGGACCAAAUUGAAGUCAGUUCCAGGGAUAGUAAAACUAUCGAUAUAGGAACUGGCGAUGAGGGGAAUAAACACCUGGAGCCAAAAACGCAGUACUGCUUUACUUUCAUCGUGACGAAUAAGUACAGAAAUUCGGAACAUGAUGUGGUUUAUUUCAAGAAGGCGACGACCUUGCAGAGUUCAAUAGGAAAGGGUGGCUAUAACCAUUUGUACCUGCUACUGUUGCUACUUUUCCUGAUUCCGAUAGGAUUUUUGGCAUACAGGUACAUGAAGAAGCGAAGACCCCGGAAAGCUAGGCAGUCCGAAAACAAAGAAAACGUAUACGAAUCCUUGCCUUUCGAAGAAUGUGAAGAAAAUUGCGUGACUAAUGAUACUUACGACCAUCUUCUUCACAAAUAAAAUAAAACUUCAUGUGUACUUAUGUGUUCUCUGUGAUAACAUUGUGUAUUGUGUGAAAUGCGAAUUUAAACAGAUUUUAGAAAUUUGUUUUUAAUUUGCCCCCUUUAUAAUUAAUUAAGUCGUAGGAUACAAUUUCAUUACUAACCCCUCUUUAUUGUUAACAAUGUGCCAUACUAAGUGUUCAUGUCGCAAAAUUGUGAAUUUUAUAGAAUCAACACUAAAAGUUAAUAAAUUUCGAUCGAUUUUGUAGGA